GAAAAAGGAAUAGAAACAGAGAGAUAUAGAGAGAUAGGGAGUUUUUAGAGACAGACAGAAAAGGGAAAAGACAAAGAGGGGGGGAGGUGCUAAAAUAGAAGAGUGAGAUAUCUACUUUAAUGCACGCUGUACAAUCAGAGGACUGGAAAGACUGAGGUAAUUGAAAAAGUCUUGAUGAAAGAGAAAAAAAAACAGACCAAAGAAAAAUAAGAGAGAGAGAGAGAGAGAGAGAAAGAGAGAAAAUUAGAGAAAGAGAGAGAGAGAGAGAGAGAGAAGGAGAGAAAGAGAAGUAGGUAACAAAGAAAGAAAGAGAGAAAUUGAGAUAUUUUUAAAAAUAGGUGAAAGAGAGAGAAAGAAAGAGAAGAGAGAAAAGUGAGAUAGAAGAGAGAGAAAAGAGAGAAAGAAAAAGAGAGAAAAAGAGAAACAAAAAUGAGAACUAGAAAAAUUUGAGGAAGUCAGCGUGUAUUGAACUGGACUAAAUAAAAAAGAGGUUGAAAAGAUCAAGAAGUCACUAAAACUCUAAAGAGAGAAACAGAAAGAUUUCUUGAAUAUAGAAAGUAUCAGAGUUCAGAGAAUUGUUGGAUAAGAAUUUAAGAUGUGAAUGAUACAAUACAGAACUAAAUGAAUUAUCACUCAUGCAUAUGCUGUUACCAAAUUACGGUUAUCAUAAGUCUGCAUAACCCAAAACCGAAAUAUUUUUAGAAAAAAUAAAACAACAACUAAGAAAGAACAGUGACUAAGUGUAUUAUGUAAUAAAGAUGACAGUACGUUCCAAAGAUAGACAGGGAAAUGUACACAACUGAACAAUGUUCUAUGUGGGGUUCUAAACUCUAUUGGUUUCAACAAGUCUGUUACAGUUUUGUUUUCUGCUAAAGAAGAAGAACUUUCGUUUGAAGCAAAAUUACUUCAGUGCCUCAGAAACAACAUAUCUGCUGAACAUAACAACAUAUACGCUGAACAUAACAACAUAUCCGCUGAGGUCGAAGCGGACUGUUGUUUUACGUAGCGCUAUAUCAAAGUUGAUGUCUUGUAUUGCAUACGUAUUGUUGUAACCCUGUUCCUCCCUAACUUUUUUUUUUUCCACUUGCGAAAUAGGGUGAUUUUUGUUUAUGCUGUUGGGCGUAUAUGACCUUGACUAGUGUGUAAAUGUGUUAAGAAACUUUAGUUAUGAGUUUUGGAUUUCUUGACUGAGGAUUGAGGAUUGUUUUUUAUUGUGUUAGUGAAUCGGGAUAUGUAAAUUUGAUUUGGAGAUUGUGACAUUAUUUCUUUUUAUCGGGGAUAUUGAUUGAUCAUAGUUGGAUUGUGCUUCUGCAAUCGAAGAGAUACCAGCGAUCUGAGAAUCGUGGUCAUGCUGACCAGGGCCCAGGACACUUUUUACUUCAACAUUAAGCCCCAGAACAAAGAGGCCGUGGAGGGCACGGAGACGCGCCUGCACUGCGACGUCAGCGACCGGCGCCACAUCUACUUCCAGUGGACGCAGGCCGGCAAGCCCAUCGUGAACACCACUCGGAAGUACCAGGAGGACAGCAACUUGAGGAUUCUGAGGGUCCUGCGAGGUCAGGACGAAGGGCCCUUCCAGUGUGUGGCCACCAACUAUACCACUGGAUUCUCGUUGCAGAGCCAGGAGGCAUACAUUACAAUACGAUGGAUAGACGAAAAGUCCUACGUGGUCUUGAAGCGCCCUAGAAAGGAAGAGGUGGCCACGGGGAUGGAACUGAACCUGAAAUGUCAAGUCUCGGGCAACCCAGAACCAACUAUCUUAUGGUACCACAACAAGUUUAGGCUUUUCAACACACAAAAGGUCAAAAUAAUGGACAACGGUCAAAAACUUCGAAUGGUCAACAUCACAGGUGCAGACAAUGGAGUCUAUUCCUGCCGUGCAGAAAAUGUGGCCGGUGCGGUGGACAGUACGGAUAACUUUGUGCUCAACGUUGCAGCUGAUGGGGCGCCAAAACUGAAGACUGACCUCUUCACGCCAUUCAUUCUGGCCUUAAAGCACAAAGAUGCCAGACUGGACUGUCCAUUUGAAGGGGCCAUCAGGAUCGACUGGUUCAGUAACUACGAGAAGCUGUCCAACAGCUCCAGGCACGAGGUGUAUCCUAAUGGAUCCCUGUACUUUCCAAAAGUCAGGGAGGCUGACGAGGGGAACUACAGAUGCGAGGGACUUAGCAUGACCUCUCCCGCGCAGACCUUUACAGCAGAGCUGGCUUUAGCUGAUCUAGAUGACAUCACUCCUAUGAACUUUGAACCGCGAUUGAUGAUGUCUUAUCCUAUCGUGAUGCCGGUUCAGGAGAGGUUUGAGAUCAAAGUGUUCCCACCUGUAGGAAGACCUCAGCCUGUGUAUAGGUGGCUUGACAGAAACGAUAGAGUUAUUUUGGAAACCGGACGAAUCCAUGUGUCGGGCCCCAACCUCGUUUUCGACUCACCGCAAGAGAUGGAUUCCGGGAACUACACAUUUGUGGCCAAUAAUACAUCCGGAGAGAAAAAACAGAGCGUCUGGGUGAUCGUGUCAGUUCCCCCGAUCAUCAGUAGACACCCACAGUCCAUUACCAUGGAAGAAGAUAAAGCAGCAGUCUUCAACUGUCAAGUGGCGGGAACUCCUCACCCUGUGACGUCCAUACUUUGGCAGAAGGAUGGUGUCCCCUUGCCAUUGGGAUCCAAACAUUUUAAAAUCCACACGAAAGACGGAGUCCUGAACAUCACAAGUGUCCGAGGCUCAGACGAAGGGAACUACGUGUGUAUAGCCAACACCACCGGACAUCGAGUCCAGCUGUCCACUCCUGGAUUUCUAAGAGUCACAAGGAAACUCAAAUUUAACCCUCCUCUAGAUGAAGUCUAUAACCUGGAGUUGGACAAGCCGGCCAGCAUCGUUUGCAGGGCAGAAGCCCUGACGCCGCCAAAGAUUCAAUGGAUAAAAGAAAACUUUGGCAAGACCGGCAAGGACCAGUUCAAAAUUCCAGACCACGCGACGGAGGACAAAGGAACUCUCCACUUUCCAAAAGUUCUGAAGUCAGACGAGGGGAAGUACCGCUGCGUGGCCAGCCAGACACAACAAGGAUUCAUCGAGGCCAUAGUUAUAAUUAAAGUCGUUGUAAAACCAACUUUCAGUACCCGGCCUCCGAACAUGACGACUGCAUUUGAAGGCCAGCCCAUGAUGCUGCACUGUGUGGCAGUGGGAGAUCCCAACCCCCAGAUCUUGUGGGAUAAAGAUGGCAGAUAUCUCCCAGCAGUGAGAGCUGUUCCUGGAGUAGCCUCUUCUAAUAGAUACACAAUUUUCCCCAAUGGAACUCUUCUGUUAGACAAAGUUUUAAUCGAAGACAAGGGGAGAUACGGAUGUACAGCUAACAAUACUGCUGGACAGAUCCGAGCUGAAUUCCAUCUAAUAAUUAGUGAGCCCCUCGAAAAAGAAGAAAGCUUUGACAUGACCAAGACUGUGAUCAUAGCAGUGUGCAGUGCUGGGGCCUACCUGGUUCUGGUCAUUGGUCUGACUGCCUACUGCAGCUACAGGCUUCUGAUGCAGAGGAAAAAUAGGAAGCAGCUUCUGAACAGUAAAAAUCUGAAACUUGGAACAGGAGAGUUCCAUCACCACAGAGAACAACAUGAAUUGUUAAUGAAAGAUCGAGACUCUGGCUUACAGUUCCGGAGCGACAGUGACAAUCGCUCUCACGUGUCUGGGAUGAGUUCGCACCAGUCACAGUCCUCGGCCUCAGCUUCAGCUGCAGCGUCGCACAUCACAGCCACGGUCGCCGCUGCCGCCACAGCUAGGUGCCAGGCUGCUGGCCUUGACAAGUUUCACUUCCCCAGGCAGGAGUUGCAGACUUUGGGGAUUAUUGGUAAGGGUCAGUUCGGAGAUGUGUUUUUGGCCAAAGCUCGCGGCAUCUGCUCCAUGGAGCCAGCGACCUUGGUGGUGGUGAAAUCUCUGCUGGUGAAAGGGGAGGCCACUACCAUGGAGUUCUACAACGAAAUGGAGAUGUAUAGCAAGCUGGAGCACCCGAACGUUGUCAGGCUCCUGGGAGUGUGUAGGGAGGUGGAGCCACUGUUCAUGAUCACUGAAUACUGUGACUGGGGUGAUCUCAAACAGUUCUUAUUGGCUACCAGAAAUGAUAACGGACGUCGCAAUAUGACGCUUAGAGUGCCUCCCCUUUCUUCUCUCCAAAAGCUGAAGAUGUGCCAACAGGUUGCCUUGGGCAUGGAAUAUCUGGCAGGGUAUAAAUACAUUCACCGAGAUGUGGCAGCCAGAAAUAUUUUGUUAACGUCCAGACUGGAUCUUAAAGUAUGCAGCCUGUCACUGAAUAAAGAUGUAUAUGCCAGUGAGUAUUAUCUUCACCCUGCAAAGCAAACAUUGGUACCGCUAAGAUGGCUGCCCCCUGAAGCUCUGCGUGACUCUGAGUACUCAUUUCACACAGACAUUUGGUCCUAUGGUAUCUUCAUGUGGGAGGUGUUCCACCUGUGUGACCUCCCAUACCGCCUCCUUGGAGACGAGGAGCUCUUCAAGUCACUGUGUGGUGCAGGGGUAGGGGCCAACACUCUGCCCCUGUUAGACUUUGCCGAGCAUUUCCCCACACAGGUGAAAGACAUCAUCCGACAGUGUUGCAUGAUGCCUCAGUCCAACAGACCAACCUUUUCAGAUCUGGUGGUCACGCUAGGUCACCUAUUGACUAAUGGCGAUUGCGUCUGACUCCAUGCACACUAGCCUAUAUAAAAAUUACAGUACAAGAGCAAUACGCCUGCACAAGUCAGACGUUUUUAAAAAAAAUAGCAAUUGUAAAUGAUGAGGACAUUGGUUCAUAUUUCAGCUUCUAUUCCCAGAUGAUUGUGGAAAUAAGACAAUGCUUUGUGCUUACAGGCAAGCUGAAACUUUAAGACUAAAUAAAACAAUUUGAACAAUUUUUAUGUUCUCAAAACUUGGAGGACAAUAUGAAUGUACAUGCACUGAAAAAAUCCUGCCUAGCAAGGCAAGAUACAGUUGAGCUUUUGUAAGUUAUAUAUUCUAGUAUUUAUAUAAACAUUUUGAUAUGUAAAUAUCCAUUCGCUAAAGCUUUUUUUUUUAACAUUAUUCACACCAUGUCACAUUUCCUAGACACUGUUAAUUUUUUAUCUGCAUCUGGUACUGAGUGCUGGGUAGCUCAAGAUAUUGGAGAGUGGUACUAAUGUAAACCAUCAUUUCUCGUUCCAUAUGCUAGGACAAAUUAGUACAAGUGCUCCUUCUUCCCUAGUGCUAUUAGAGCAUGGAAUGGGUUGCCUGAGCUAGCCAGGAAAACCAGUGAUUGGCAGAAUUUAAGUUAUUGGUUAAUAUGCAUGACUAAAUGCAUGACGCGUAGGACGUAAUCAUCUUCUUUUUUGAAGUAACGUCUGUAUUAUAUAAGAUAAGAUUAGAUUAGUUACUGGUCAGGCUGAAUGCAAAUACUCCUUUCAUUAAUCACCGAAAAGAAACACAAUUGCUGAUAGGUCAAAGUAAACAAAGUGUUCCUAUAGCACUGAAGGUUUCAAUUCCUCAGACAGAGAAUGUACCAAAUGGAAAGGAGGGUUACACAGUAGAUGUGAUUAGGGAGGCACACUUUAUUAUUUAUUUAUUAUAGAUAAAAGUUGUUUUAUCAAAGACACAUAAUAAAACUGAAUGUAUACCUAAUUGACUUCAAUGUUUGCAUUUUUUUUUUUCUAGAUUAAAUUAUAUUCAAAAGUAUUUUACAUUUGGUAAACAAUGUUAUCUCUUACUGUUUGUAAGUUACACACAUUUGUUUUUCUUGUAAUGCUGUCUAUUCAAUUAUGUAAUUUGUAUAGGAUAUAGUGUAACAAGAGAGUGAAAAAUGAAAACUCUAUAGAAGGCUUUGGUUUGCUCACCACCAAGGGCCUUAACUUUAUAAUGUAUAUUCACUUGAAGUGAACUCCUGCUCCCAUAAAUAUUUUGCUUCCAAUUAAUAGCAAAGAAAAGUUAUCUCCCUUGGUAUUCAGUUUUCAGAGGCACUUAAGGAAUAUUUGAUAGAAAAUAAAAUAUGACUGGAAGGAUGAACUAUUAGAACUAGAUUAAAAUGAAAAGUCCUAUGACUAAAUGGAGAGAUCAAGUCCUUGCAAUAUCCAUUGUUCUUUCAAGGAUGCUAAUGUUGGUGAUGCACAAUUACCUUCUUAACAUAUGUUACAUUGAAGAUAAAUAAAUAAAAAACUUCUUGACAUGUGAGUGAAACUAUAUGUGAUUGUUGAUAAACUAUUGUAUAAUGUAUGCUUUAAUCAAUAAAGAUUUUAAAACUAGUCUGAUGAUGUGGUAGUUUAUUGAUAUGGUAUAGGUGAUGAACUUGUGGCAUUCUCAACAAGCAAGAUGGCUGAAUUGUCAUGGGGCAUGCACUUCGGGAUGGCAUCAUGAUGGCCCUGAGUUCCAACCCUACUCACAUCUGGGGCUAAGACGUAAUAAAGCUUCAUAAUUGAAGGAACGUAGAAAAAACAAAACAAAUGAAACUUAUAAGAAAGAAAAAAGUCUCUUAGCAUACAGGCUUGAGCUUAUGCUAUCUCUGAGUCGUUAGACAUAGAACCCAAUGAUAGUUAUUAGUUGUACAUCUUUUUCACUACAGCAUUUAGUUUCAAUUGAUGUCCUUUGUCGACACAUGUGUAUAAACUUAUUUUUACAUUUUGUUUACUAUGUAAAACUUUGUUAUAGUAUUAAACAAUUGUAUGAGAGUAAAAGAGAAAUGAAUAUCCACUUUUCAAUGUAUGGACACAAUGUUAACCAUCUGAAAUCCCCUUUCUCUAUUAUGCAAAUCCAUUGUUUCAUUUGUAUUUCUUUAUUUGCAUUCACCCCAUUCUGUUUUACUGUACAUGCCUGUAUGAGUUUUUUUUUGGUUAUGUCCCUUGUGUUUCAACAAUGAUGUGAUAAAUAAUGUCAGUUUCUUUUUUUUCAUUCUCCUCUUGACAUAAUUUAAAGAGUUGUAUGUGAGACACCUUGAGUAUGCUUGUAUAUACAUGUAUAGGUAGGAUUAAACUAUUAAAACAUCCAUGACCAACAAA